AUGAAUGCGCUUGGGACUGAUACCCCUCUGGGGCAGAGGCCGGGAGGCGAAGGAGGCCGCGGCUCGCGUGUUGGAGACAAAGCAAAGGACUCAGACGCAAGCAAGAAGGACAGAAAGCGGAAGCAGAACUACUCAGCUGCACAUGCUGCAGCUGUUCGGAGCCAACUGAACGUCCAUGCGCUCGUGAAAAAGAUUUCUGCGGAGAAGCACGCGGCUGCGCAAGCCAAGUGUGUAGCAGAGACUGGAGAGAGCGCAUCGUCCACAUUUUGCAAAGGCAAGACUAAACCGAUCUCGACACUCUCGCCCCUCCGGAAGAAGGAGGAUGACAGCGUUCAGAGCGGCGCCCAGAGAAAGCGUGUAGUCCGUAAAUCGGCAGCCGAACGCGAUUGCUGUACUGACGGUCAUUCUGCACUGGCACAGUCUUCAGAGAACCCGCACGAUGUGGGACUGCCAAAGGGCUCGGCCGGGAGUGGCGACUCUCACUCGGAUAGUGAAACUGAUAGUGGCACCGCGGAGCAUGGUCAGCAGGGCAGAGCGAGCGGAUCGAGUUCAGAGGGCCACGGUGCGGACGAUGACGGGACAGCCUUCGAAGGGCCCCGCUCACAGUCACGUUCAGACGCAGCCAAAGUGAAACUUUUCAUGUUUGAUUUUGGUGAAUGCGAUCCGAAAAGGUGUAGUGGCCGAAAACUAUAUCGGCAUCGAAGAAUUCAGGUGAUCCAAGUGGCUCAGGCAAAGGCAAAAGGGCGUGGGGUAGAGCGGGCGAAGGGCAGUCGUGGGGUCGGCGGCGGGGGCGGAGGAGGCACUUACGACCGAGUCCCUGCAGGAGGCUGCCGGCCUGUGCUGGCGUCUCGUGGGAUCGAUGCCACUGAAGAAGAAAUCAAGCGAACCGAAGAAAGUCCAGAGCGUUCCUGUAAAAUACCGGAAGAAAGGCAGUGUCGAAGCCACCCUGCCGCAUCUCCCAAGGAGAGCGAGUGUCCUGCUCCUCGUCUUGAUCUGCAUACCGAUACGCCUCCCAUGUCAGAUGCGCCACCUACAUCACAGAACAACCCGCCCCGCAAACAUCCUGGCAACCGCCGACGCGGACGCCGAGGUGGCUUCAGAGGCAUCGUGCUUACGCCGUUCUUCAAAGAACAAAGCAAAUUGCUAAGCGCCGCCGAUGCUCAGCUAAUACGGGAUGAGGGUCUUGCAGUUGUCGAUUGUAGUUGGAACCGCGUAGAAGAACAAGGCAAAAGUGCUAGGAUAAGCUGCUCUCGAGCCAAUGGCAGGUUUCUGCCGUAUUUAGUGGCAGCGAAUCCGACGCACUACGGCAGACCAUACGAGCUAAACUGUGUGGAAGCUCUCGCGGCUGCGUUGAUGAUUGUGGGAUACCAUGAUCAGGCAAAAGAUCUACUCAAACUUUUCAAGUGGGGAAUGAAUUUCAUUCACUUGAACGACGGCGCCUUGACACAGUACCGGACACAUGGCGUUGACGAGGUCUCGAUGUAUCGAACAGAGCAGAGCGUGCUCGAGUCAACGGAAGGACAACGGGCAGCUGCCAGGCAGACACCGCUUCCCCUCCCAUCAGCGGACGAGUCAUCGAGCGAGGAUUCUGAUGCGGCAGAUGCUGCUGCCUGCAGCCCCGCAUAG